UCUUCUUCUUCUUCUUCUACAUUCAAAGUAAAAAAAUAAACAUAAAAAAAAUCAGAAUUUCACCAUGAUUUUCGUGAGCAUGUGAAGGAGAGAAAGAAGAAAAAAAAAACGUGUGAGGAAAAAAUAGAAAGGGAGAGAGAGAAAACGCAUGGGAGUAGAGGGGAAGGGGAUGCAGAAUAAAAGAAGUAGAUCUAAAGAUUUAGAAGGAAGGGUUGGAAAGAAGAGACAAAUUUUUUAUGAUAACUCAUUGUCUCCUAAUCGAAUCAGGUCAAAAUUGCUUUUAGAUCGCGCUCGUCGGUAUAGAUCUCCUAUGAAAAGUUUGGAGUCGUCCUCUUCAAUGUUCGAAAGUAGAACUCGGCGUUGUCUUCAUAGUGAAUCUUAUUGUUCUUUUUGUAAGGAAUACGAAAACCAUGUAUGUGUAGAUGAGGUAGACCGUGAUGUUCCUAUCCCACCAUGGAGUUUUGUCAUACCUGAUGAAGAUGGUGAUGCAAUGACCAUUAAUAUACCAUCAGAUGUAAACAAAGGGAACCUUCAAAUUCCAGACCAUGUAAAAUGUGUAUGUAUUAUUUUUUUUUUAUUAUUAUUAUUUUAAUUAUUUUUGAAAUUUUAUAUUAGUUUAUUUUUUACAGGUUGGAGUGACAAAAGUAAAUGCUUUGCUCACAAUGGUUGUUGGUUUGCAAAAUAUUUUAAUUACAAAGAUCCUUGAAUCUAGAGAUAGGUUAAAUGGUUCAAAUAAUAUUAUCCAUCAACUUCUUCGUCGUCUGGUUAGUAUAUCUUAAUUAAUUUCAAAAUUUUACAGUAUGAAACAUUAUCUGGUUGGUAUAUGUUUAUCUAAUUUUAUUUAUUUAUUUAUUGUUUUGUACAGCAACUAUGUGAAGCAUCUCAAAUAUCUGAAGACCAUAGUCAAGAUAUCAUUGAUAGUAGCAAUGUAAUCAAUAAAUAGGGAGA